AUGUCGACGGCGACGCGCGGCGGCGCGCGCGUGGCGCGCGCGGGGCGAUGCUCGGGGCGUCGCGCGCGCGCGUCCGGGCGCGCGCGACGGUCGGGGGCGACGAAGGCUGGGGAAGACGAUGCGCUUCGAGGGACGCUGGACGCGGUCGCCGUCGCGACGCUUCGCGCGCUCGGUGGCGUCGCGCGCGACGUCGCGGGAAACGCGAACGUAAAGCCAGCGCGAUUUCCGCGAGGACCGCGCGAGGACGUGGCGCUGGAGUUGGUGUACGAUCCGUUAAAGUUUUUGGAACGCGCGAGAGAGGCGCACGGCGACGCAGUCGGGCUGACGCUCGCGGGAGAAAACGUCGUCCUCGUCAGCUCGCCGGCGCUGGCGAGAGCGGUUUUGGUGGAUCAGAGCGAAUGUUUUCAAAAAGAUGGCACGGCGUUCUUUCCUGGAUCGUCGUUGGCGGGGAAUGGGUUAUUGGUGAGCGACGGCGAGACGUGGGCUCGACAGCGACGGUUGAGUAAUCCGGCGUUUCGCAAGGCGGCGGUCGAGACGUACGCGCGGUGCAUGAUUGAGGUAGGUGAGAGGUUAGUGAAUAAGACGUGGUCGAGGCGGGGAAGGCGGGACGUGUACGCGGAUUUUAACGAUGCAACGUUGGAAAUUGUGGCGAGUGCGUUGUUCGGGGCAGACGUCGUCGGUGCGAGAGCGAGUAAGAUUAAUGGUGCGAUUAAGGAUAGCUUUGAAUUUUUUGGUCGGCGAGCGGCGACGGGAAUGAUUAUUCCCGAGUGGGCGCCGACUUUUGAUAACGUGCGGUACAACGAUGCGGUCAAAAGACUCGAUGAGGAGGUGUACAGUAUCAUUGCCAAACGUCGUCGAGCCAUGGCGAGUGGAGAACAAAAUAAUGAAUUGGACUUGCUCGAUCGUUUGUUGCUUGAAAAGGAUGAGAACGAGGGUGACGGCAACGACGCAACGGGGAUGUCGGACAAAGCCCUUCGCGAUGAGCUCAUGACACUCAUGGUUGCGGGACAAGAGACAAGCGCAAUUUUGUUGUCAUGGGCGUGCGCGCUCAUCGCUGAAAGGCCAUAUGUGGGCGAUAAGAUAGCCACCGAGGUCCGACAACACUUGAAAACCAAGGAAAAUGCUGGCUCGUCGCUCGAUGCGAGUGAUUUCUCGAAACUUCCGUACACCGAAGCGUGUAUCCUUGAGACGCUUCGCAUUCGCCCGCCAGCUUACAUGGUGGGUCGAUGCGCCGCGAGAGAUGUGGAGCUUCGAUCUGAUGUGUUCAUUACGAAAGGAACCACUGUUCUGAUCGCUCCGUAUCUGAUUCAAAGAGAUUCGCAGUAUUGGAACGACCCCAAAGCGUUCAAACCCGAACGAUGGUUGGUGAAAAGUCCGUAUUCGGAAGGAACGUUGGCGCGCGAUGCGUUGAAAAAUCUCGGACCAAAUGACGCAUACUUCCCGUUUGGAGGCGGCCCUCGCGUGUGCAUCGGCACUGGGUUCGCUAUGAUGGAGAGUGUUCUUUUACUCGCACUUAUUUGCAACGCGUGCGAACUACGUCUUCCCCCGGGAUCGAGCGCGCCAAAGCCAAAAGCUUUGAUUACCCUGCGCCCGGAUGAAAUCAAGCUUGACGUCGGACCGCGGCCAAGAAGCGUCUUUUAA